AUGGCAUCCCGACUGUCGAUCGAGCCCCAGGGCCGACCAGAGCCAGGGCAGAUUCUGAUUGUAAUUCACGAUUUCUCAGCUCGAAGCUCGGACGAGCUGAGUUUAACGAAAGGCGAUCGAGUUGAGCUAAUCGAACGUGACGAUGAUUUCGGGGACGGCUGGUACCUGGGGCGGCACUUGAUGAAUGGGAAUAGUGGAUUGUUCCCUGAAGUCUACACCAGAAUCGCUCCUCGAGGUCCCCCUUCAUACCCCCCGAUAAACACAGCUCCCCGACCGCAUGUACCUGCAUCCGAUCCCGCGAUACCAGCAACUAUCCAGCAGUCGGUGGCUCCUAUCCAUGAGGACGAUCCGACACCAACAGAGCCAAAAAUGGCUUCCCCGACAAUCGGUGUAGAACCAUCAUCACAAUUAGGCCACAACGUUAGCGCUUCAGAGGUGUUGGACAAGCCGAGUAUAAGUUCGCCUUUGGAGGCUCCCCAAGAACCCGAGAUGAUUGCGCAACCUCCAAUAUCUACAAUGGGGACCGCUGGAUCAAAGACAGCGCCACCGAAGACGGUCCUGACAGUUGCAAUGGGACAAUCGCACAGCGGAUCAACCAGCGGACAAGACAGCCCAGUCAUGAACGAAACUCUCAGUGUUAUCGACGAGCAUAUUACUGAUAUGACUUCCCCACACCACACCGUAGCAGCACAAGAUCGAAGAGCCACACACGGUGCGAAUGAUUCUGGUAGCGAAUACAGCAGUCACCUAGACCAACGCAUGUCAUACAUCAAUGGCGAAGAGACCGAUGAGGAGGAAGAUCAAGUUCACUCGCGUCAGGAUGUCGAAAGUUGGACGCCAGAUCAAGUUGCGGAAUAUCUUUUCACAUCAGGAGUUGAGACCAAGCACUGCGAAGUUUUCAGAGACCAGGAAAUUACUGGAGAUGUGCUGUUGGGAAUGGAUCAGACCUCAGUUUUCCUGAAGGAGUUCGAUCUAGGCAGCGUUGGACGGAGAUUGAAGACAUGGCAGAAGAUCAAGGUCCUCCAAGACGAAGUCAAUGGGGAAAGCUCAACGAGACGGAACACUGCAACAUACGGAAGCACCUAUGGCAGCGAUAUUGGCUCAGACGACACUGGCAAACAACGCAGUCGUAGCAUCACUUCUCCCACAGGUACGAUGCUUCCCCGAAUAUCAAGUAUGAACGAGAGAACAGAAUCCCGCCAACAUUCGCGCCUCUCUCAGCAGCACAUACCGCGGACUGAGACUACUGCGUCUCCGAUGACCUCCCCAAUCUCACCCAUGACACAGGACACUACACGACCCGUUGGGGACAAGAGACGACCGUCUGCUGCAUCCAUCCGUGAUAUGCACCAUUCACGCCAAAGUUCGGUGAAUGAGUAUAGUACUCCUUCUAUAAUGGCCAUGGCUUCUAUGGGAGCAGGAGGAACCCCUCCACCAACUAUUCAGGAUGGGACCCAUAAGAAGCAGCCUUCGUUUGAUAGAAAUUGGACCAUGGGAUCGGCAGCAUCUCCUUCUAUGCCUCUUCGUCCCUUAUCGUCAGGAGGGAUCAAAACUUUGGCUACAAACUCGUCGGAUCAACUGGCACAAACAGUCACCCCGUCUACAGCUUUUGACUCGCUUGAUCGAGGCUACUUUUCUGGUGGCGAGGUCGAGGGCCGUCAGAGGAAUGUUUUGCGGAAAAAGGGAAGCACUGCAACCACUGCUCACUCGCGUAACUCAAGUUACACAGAUGAGCAAAGGAUGCGAUCUGCCACUGCACAUUCAAGGCAUUCAAGAUUUGGAAGUGUUGACUCUAUUCGCGACUCAGCCCCUCCUUCGGCUGCUCAGAAAUACUAUGGCUUGGCCACAAAUGGUCGUCGUCGUACUCCUUCGGAGAACUCUAUCAAUCCUCCGCCUCGACCAAUGCCACCGCCGAAAGAUGUGCAUUCCCCCACUGUCACCAAACUCGAAGGCAACUCGUUUGAGAAUAGCGCCUUGCCAAAAUCUCCAGAAGUUCGCCAGGGCCGAGGUUCGGAUUGGUUGUUGCCAGUAAAACCGAUCUCAUCCAAAACGUUUGGUCUGAGGGCCAUCUCGGAUGCCGUCACUGGCACCGAGAAAUCUCGCUUAGCAGCAGCAGAUUCCUUAGCUUCACCUGUGAAAGAUUCUCCAAUACAGUCGCCUUCACGAACAGGAUCGAGCACUCCAUCUGGUGGUCAGAGCUUCGAUCUUGAUUCCACGGAUUCAAAAAGCGGAGCUGCGACACCGAUGGCAACAGCUAACAAAGCCAGCAGGAAAAAGUCCAAAAAAGAGACCAGCGCAUACACGCGUGGCUUAGAAAAGAAAUCUCCAAAGGAACAGAUGAUUGGUGCCGACUAUAGCGGAUGGAUGAGAAAGAGGGGCAGCAAUAUCAUGUCUUCCUGGAAGCCACGUUUAUUUGUCUUGAAGGGCCGCCGCUUGUCAUACUACUACUCCGAGGAUGACGACCAGGAGAAGGGCUUGAUCGAUAUAUCUUUCCACCGUGUCCUCCCUGCUGAUGGUGAUCGCCUGACUGGCAUCUCCGCUGCAAUCACAGGUGCCACGAACAGUCCUACGAGCCCCUCUGGAUCGCAAACUGUUACUAUGGCCGAGACAGCAGCAGCAUCUGAGCCAGAAUCGACUUUGAGUAAAAGCCCUGGUGAUUCCAUCUUCAUUUUCAAGCUCGUCCCACCUCGGGCUGGUGCCGCCAGAGCGGUUACGUUUACCAAGCCUACCACGCAUUAUUUUGCCGUUCCGAAUAUCAAACAAGGACGACUUUGGAUGGCAGCACUUAUGAAAGCAACCAUCGAUCGAGACGAUUCAACACCCGUCACAACCACCUACCAGCAAACUACUAUCUCCCUCGCGAAGGCUCGGGCAAUGCGUCAUCGACCGCCUGCGCUUAUGAACCUCGAUGAGCAUGUUGAUGAGGAAGCUCUUAAGACCCCUGCCAGCGACAAGAACGGUUUGAACAUCCAGGGCAUCAUCUAUGAUCGUGAUCCGCAGGAAGGUGAUAGCGGAGUCUCAGGGGUGUCAAAGUCUGAGGCGUUGGUCCCAGACAGUGGCAAGGGUGGAUUGAUGAACGGCGCCGACGAUUCAGCUGCCCAUGCUCCACGAACCGCAUGA